UAAGGAAGGUGGGUUUGGAAUCCGACGGACAAAAGCAGCAGCAGAAACACGCGGCGAAGCGAACGGCUGCAGCUAUACACCAUCUCCGCCUAAAAAUCUCUACUCUCUCUCCUCUCUCUCCUUCUCAUUUCACUCCUCCGAGUCUCUACUUCUUUCUACUCCGUCCAAUCCGACACGCUGCGGAACGUGGCAGAUUCCUAGUCGUCGAUUCCCUCCAUCUCCGAUCCCAUCCCCGCCAUUAAAAUCUCCACCUUCCUUUUGUUUUCCUCCAUCCCUUCCCUUCGAAAUUUUCUACAACGGAUUGAAAUUAAAGAUAAUACGCCGUAGUAGAUUUUCGGAAGAAAUCGCGGCAAGCUGCUUUCCUAAAAAUAACCAAAAAUUCCAAAAAUAACACUGCUUUGAUGACUUGAAGAAAUCCUUAAGACUUGAAAUUUGGGGAUAUUUAAGUAAAUUUGUAGAUAAGGUUAAAUUCAAACUAGUGUGGAUAAAAAGGCUCUGUCUUUAACGGGUUCUUAUUGUGGUCUUCUUCUUAUUCUGUUGUCGGAUCUUCUUCUUCUUCUUCUUCUUUUUAAUCGUUGUGGGUGACUACAACGGACGAUCGUUGUAGUAGCAGCAGAAUCAUGUCGUUCUCGAGAACGAUGAUGUCUUCUUCCCAUUCGAAUCUCGAAUGCUUUCUUGACUGCACGACGCCGACCAUUCCGUCGCAAUUCCUUCCUAAGCAGUCGAGCAUUCGUGAUCUGAACAGCCUGUGGCACCCUCUCGACAAGGAGACGAUCGAGUACUUCACGUUGGGAGAUCUCUGGGAUCGCUACGAUGAAUGGAGUGCCUACGGCGCAGGGGCGCCGAUCAUCCUGAACAGCGGCGAGACUGUUGUGCAGUACUACGUCCCGUAUCUGUCUGCAAUCCAGAUCUAUACUAGUAAACCGAAUUUGAGGGAGGAGAGUGAUGUGGGGGAAUUUGAGAGUGAGAGUGGAUCAUGGAGUGAUGAUAGUGAGAGCGGAAAGAGGUCUCCGAGCAUCAAUUCAAGCAGGGGUUGGGAUGCAGGGUCCGAGGAUUCGAACUUCGACCAGGAGGGGGUGUGGCCGAUGCAUCAUCGGCUCGGGUUCCUCAACUUGGAGUACUUUGAGAGGUCUGCUCCUUAUGGGAGGAUUCCACUCAUGGACAAGAUCAAUGAAUUGGCGAAGAUUUAUCCGGGUUUGAUGUCAUUCAAGAGCGUUGAUCUUUCGCCUGCUAGCUGGAUGGCGGUCGCAUGGUAUCCUAUUUAUCACAUUCCUACUGGGCGAAACGUGAGGGACUUAUCUGCAUGCUUCCUUACUUACCAUACUCUUUCCUCGUCCUUCCAAGAUGAUGUAGCCAAUGCAGAGAAGGGAGUCUGCUCUUCGGAAGCCGAAGUCAGGGGUGGGAAAUGUAAUGGAGAGGCGAGCGGCAUUUCUCUUCCACCAUUUGGGCUGGCCACUUACAAGAUGCAGGGUAACCUUUGGAUAAACCCUGAAACUGCUGAUCAUGAAAGGAUCAUCUCUCUGAUGAGUGCUGCAGAUUCUUGGCUGAAGCAGCUCAGAGUCCAACACCAUGAUUACAGCUACUUCUGCUCACACUCAAUGUAAGACAAAUGAGUGAUGCUGAUUGCUGUGUUGAGAGAACUCUUCUAACCGCCGUCACUACUGAUGCAUCCGCUGUCCACCCAUCGGCAGCUUUGCCACACCUGUACUCAGAAAAUCCCAGAUUACCCAAAAAAUGAAAAAGAAAAAAAACAGAAAAAAAAAAAAGAAAAAAAAAAGGAAACAAUAAAAGGAGAGGGGCUGAGUUGGGAGGUCUGAUCAUCUCCUUAUGAGAGUUCCAUGUAAAAUCAAAAUGGUUUCAUGAAUCCAUAGAGAAGAUGUGAGAUGUCCUUUGUAGGAAUAGCAGUUGAAGAGGGAAGCAUAUGAAGAGCUUCUUUUUCUCCCUUUGUGGAUUGUGUUGUCUGUUUCUAGAAAAGAAGUGAGAAAGAGUUGAGAGGUGAAAAAACAAUGCUUGUAAGCUUGUGAUUUUGGACAUAACUGGGUCUUUCUUUUUCUUUUUCUUUUUUUUUUUUUUUUGUCAGAUGUAGAUGUUUUUGGGGAUGAAAGAAAUGCUAUCUUUUCAUGUAGGCUGUACAUUUCUAUG